AUGCACAUCACAUCGCUGCCACUGUAUUUACUUCUUCUCAUUGCACAGGCGUCCUUGACGCUCGCCGGACCUCGUGCCGUCCUGGAACGCGCUCAUCGCUUCGCCCUUCGUCGCAGCCAUGGUCUCGCAAGCGAUCUUCGCCUGGCAUUCGGAGCUGUGCCACCCCAGAAGCGUCAAGGGAGGGUGUUGAUGAAACGGGGUGUUUAUUGCAUAGCUGGACCUGGCAAUUCAGGAUUGAGUCACGGCCCCACUUCCAGUGGUACGGGGAGCACGGGAGACAGUGGAGGGAACGUAGGAAACGGAAAUAGUACGUCUGUGUCCUCCGGUAACCCAAGAGGCUCCUCUACGAGACCUGCAUCUACUGCUCGCCCCACGAAUGUCGCCCCCUCGCCAUGGAAGCUGGCCGAGUCACACGAGGGAUCAGAUUUCUUCCGCGGCUGGGACUUCUUCACCUCCGCAGACCCCACGAAUGGCAUCGUUGACUAUAUCAACGAAGCCGAUGGCCGAAGCGCUGGUAUCCUCUCGGUGAACAAUAACGGUAACGCCGUCAUGCGCGUCGAAACUACUCCCACUGUCGCCGCGAACAGAAAGAGUAUUCGCAUCACCACGCAGAGCACUUGGAAUGGAGGCCUGUUCAUCAUGGAUGCCGUCCACAUGCCCACCGGGUGUGGAACCUGGCCUGCAUUCUGGAGUAACGGACCGGACUGGCCAAGGGGAGGUGAGAUCGACAUCGUUGAAGGCGUGCACGAUUACACGAACAACCAAGCGACGCUCCACACAUCGCCCGGCUGCCGUCUCCCAUCGAGCGACACUUCGAAUCUGAAGAUCUCGGGGUCUCUGAUUGCCGGCCAGGACUGUGCUGCUGCCAGCACGAACAACGAAGGGUGUGGGAUCCGCGCGCCGAAUAGCAAUUCUUUCGGGGCUGGAUUCAACUCGAACGGCGGCGGCGUCUAUGUUAUGCAAUGGGAUAGCGAUGGUGUGGCCAUAUAUUUUUUCCCUAGAGGCUCGGUGCCCGCCGAUAUCACCGCCGGGGCACCUCAACCGACGCUGUGGGGGCUGCCUCAAGCGCGGUUCCCUGCGUCUGGCUGCAACCCGUCGCAGUUCUUCAACAACCAUCACCUGAUCUUCGACACGACAUUGUGUGGUGACUGGGCGGGGGGAGUAUGGAAUGCUGCUGGGAUUCCCGGACAAGAGCAGAGCUGUGCGCAGCGUACGGGGUUCUCGACGUGUGAAGCGUUCGUACGAGCGAACGGUGCAUCAUUUAGUCAAGCGUUCUGGGAAGUGCAGAGCGUCAAGAUUUACCAGCGACAGAAUUAG